CUCCAACCCCACCAGCGAACACAUUUGCCACCGAGGCUCGAGACCUGAUGAGGAUUAUCACAUUCGCCGUGCGGUGAUAACAUCUCGAUUAUUCCAUAUGCCAUCUGCAUGCUGCGUCUCUAGGUAUUCAGCUGCCUUAUGACAUUGACAUUGGCAGGACAGCUAUUGUAUCAAAGCCCACGACAAGACACGCGAUCAAUGGCAUAGCAUACUCCAGACAAUGUUCCGAAACCCUAGAGAGAAUCUUUCAAUCGAAAAGCCCGUCAAGCCAUCAGUUGGCAGAGCGCCAACGCCACCGAACGAGUCUCGACCCCCUCAACCACCCAGCACAAUGGCAAGCCGUUCUGCUAAACCUCUUACUCCUCGUCCGAACUCGAAAUCAAAUCUGCCAGUACUAGGAAAAGCCCAGACUGCCAAUAAAAAGAUCGCGCCUGUGAAGACUCCCGGCAAGCCCAAUGCUAGUAUAUUAAGUUUCUUCAAGAAGGUAGACUCGCCGAUGACGGAUGAUCCCAUAUUCUUGUCACAAGGCUCGCGUGCAGCUGCCACCCUACCAACGCCCAAAGCUUCGACGCCCGAGGUUUUGGAUUCUGAAGAUGACGAUAUAUAUGGAGUUGGGUACACCGACACGGAUAGGUUCAACGAGGUAGAGGGGUCUGUCAAGAGGAGAAAGACUUCGGGGACUGGUACGCCAAAUGCUCCCGGAAUUGAUACCAAAGAAGACUGUCCGAUGCAGAAUGAUCCAUUGAAGGCGUCGGCUGAGGCUCAGAAUGGUUGCACUCCCCCACCACCAGAAAUCACAGGCAAGCCGAAGCCGAAGAAACAACGACGAACUGGCCCGUUCCUCUCAGAUUCAGAAUCAGACUACGAAGUUGACAAUCCCGCGCUUCAGACUGCUGCUGUACAGAUUGAGAAGAGACAACUUCGAAGUGCUGUUGCGGAACAAUCUAAAGAUACGAAUGAAGUAGUUACUACGAAGCCUGUUGAUCAAGAGGACAUCCAAGAAAACAGGCCUAUAGUCCCUGAGAUUGAAUCUGUAGGCCCGGCAGAUCAAUUGGCUUGGAAGCGGAGGAAGAGAGUUCCUGUAGCCGAAGCACAAGCCAAAUGGGAAGCUCUUCAGCCGAAGGAUCCAUCGCCUAAGGAUGAAUCAAGUGGCGCUUUUCCUGUGUCUCCCAAGCUCGAGAGCGUUGAAAAGUACGAUGAAAUGCCAUCUGUGCCUUCCUUGAAAAAAGAAGCAACAAUUAUAGACGAAUGGGGUGGUUUCGAAGACCUGGAAGAGUUUCCUGACGAUGACGAAUUUGGAGAAGGUGAGGAAGCUGUGGAGAGAAAGUGGAUGGAGGAGCAAGCCAGGCUCGAAGCAGCAGAACUAGGGGAAGAUGACGAAUCUUUCAAUGGUUUCGACGAUGAGCCUAUGACUGAAACUCUGAUCUCUGAGCUACCCGAAGAGAGCAUGACAGCAGCAUGUCCUAUAUGCGAGGCUGCUCUUGCUGGAAUCAGUCCGGAAGAAGCAACUAGACAUGUAAAUGGAUGUCUGGACGGCAACCCAGUGCCAUUACCGACCCCUGUUAAGUCAGAGCCUGCUGAAAUCAAGUACAUGCCCCCGGAGGCCAAGAAUCGCUUUGCACGAAAAGCAGCUAUUGCAAGACCGGGACAAGCAAAUCCUAUUGCGCUAGGUGGAGCUUCGAGCGAUGCUCCAUCCUCCGCAUUCUCGAAGCUGAUGUCUGGUAAGGCUGAGGAUUCUGCUUGGGCAAAUGCUGCGGCGGCGGAGGCGAAGUCUAGAGGCAAGCCAGCGUACCAGAGAACUUGUCCAUUUUACAAGAUUAUGCCUGGUUUCUUCAUCUGUGUCGAUGCUUUCAGAUAUGGUGCUGUUCAAGGAUGCAAUGCAUACUUCUUGAGCCAUUUCCACAGUGAUCACUAUAUUGGGCUUACGUCCUCAUGGUGCCACGGUCCAAUAUAUUGCAGCAAGGUCACAGCGAACUUGGUCAAGCAGCAACUCAAGGUUGAUCCAAAAUAUGUCGUCCCGUUGCAGUUCGAAGAAAGAUUCGAGGUUCCGGGCACUCAGGGAGUGGCUGUUACCAUGAUUCCUGCCAAUCACUGUCCCGGUAGCUCCCUUUUCCUUUUCGAGAAAGUCGUUGGGAAAGGCGCCAAUCCAAAAAUCCAACGAGUGCUUCACUGUGGAGAUUUUCGUGCAUGUCCGGCACACAUCGCACAUCCUCUCCUCAUGCCCGAUAUCGUGGAUUCUAUCACUGGUAAAACUAAGCAGCAAAAGAUAGAUGUCUGCUAUCUUGACACCACUUAUCUCAACCCACGGUAUGCUUUCCCUUCCCAAGAAGAGGUCAUCAAAGCCUGUGCAGACAUGUGCGUGUCAUUACGGAAAGAGCGGGCCGAAGAGAGCGAUGCUUGGGAACAGGUGAAGAAAGAACGAGCAGGCAGCGGCAUGACCAAGUUUGUCAACUCGGCCAUCAAAGCUGAGGAUGACAGCAUUGCCAUGUCUCUUUCGACCAAAAGCAACAAGUCUCGCGGUCGUUUGUUGGUUAUAUGUGGCACCUACAGCAUUGGAAAGGAACGGAUCUGCCUGGGUAUUGCCAGAGCACUGGAUUGCAAAAUCUGGGCGCCACCAGGCAAGAUCAGAAUUUGUGCAGCGCUCGAAGAUGAAGAGUUGACGUCUAGAAUGACGGAUGAUCCGAGAGAGGCGCAGAUCCACAUGCAGAUGUUGAUGGAGAUUCGACCCGAAACUUUGCAGGAUUAUCUGAAUUCUUACAAGCCGCACUUUAGCAGGAUCGUAGGCUUUAGACCUAGUGGGUGGAAUUACAAGCCACCGAACUCGAGGUUCACCGAUUCCCCAUCAGUUUCCACAGUCCUCUACUCCCAGAACUGGAAAUCCUCAUACUCAAUGUCUGAACUCGUACCGCAACGCGGCUCCACACGAGAAGCGUCCUGUUUCGGCGUCCCGUAUUCAGAACAUAGUAGCUUCAGAGAACUGACGAUGUUCAUCUGUGCGCUGAGAAUAGAGAAGGUGGUACCGACUGUCAAUGUUGGAACAGCUACUGGAAGGAGUAAAAUGAAGGCGUGGAUUGAGAGAUGGUUGGCUGAGCGGAGGAAGAAUGGGUGUUUGAGGUUGGGCCAAGGAGAGGGAGAGGUGAGAUGGUAGGUGGGGCUUGUUUGUGCGAUAUUUUGGGGGUAAGGUUCUAGGUAUGAAUGUACUACUUUUGGUAGAUAUGUGAGUUGAUUCGGUAUCAUAGCGAAUAUGAAUAUGGAUGUGUCUGUUCAUUCGAGCUGAAUUAGGG